AUGGAACUCAUUCACGGGACACAUAAAGCAUCCAAGUUUGCACCACAAGAUUUUAUUACCAACAUGCCUGAUAACGUGGUAACAAAUAUCCUGGGUCGAUUGCCAUUACGAGAUGCAGUGAGGACUAGUAUCUUGUCGAGAAACUGGAGGUUUAAGUGGACUAUGCUUAGCCAAAUCGUAAUUGCUGCUAGCUUCUUUGGAUAUUUAUCACAAACAUCAUACAGAAAUAAUCGUGUGAGAGUUAUAGAUAGGAUUCUUCUUCAUGUUAGAGGUGCAAUUACAAAGUUUUUCCUCUCCAUAGACGAGGUAAUUGAUGAUGAAGAUAUCAAUCACUGGAUUUUGUUCUUGUCGAGAAAAGGAAUUAAGGACCUCACUAUUAAGAAUUGGUAUGUAACACCACUCAAGUUGCAUACCCAUCUUUUCUCUUGUUUAGAGUUGAAACAUUUGACACUUUCGAACUGUUAUUUCAAUCCUCCACCUACUUUUCAUGGUUUCCCAAACCUAUUGAGCUUAAACUUGUCUGUGGUAUUUGAAGAAAACACCGAACUUGGGCCAUUUUUUACUAGGUGUCCUUUACUUGAGAGUUUGACCAUCAAUGAUUGCCGUAAAGUAGGCAAAGUAAAACUAAUUGAGAUUGCAAAACUUGAAAAUCUCAAAAUGUUAUCUUUGAUAUUGCAUGAUCCUGACUUUGAGAUGAUCAAAAGUUCCGGUACUAUUCUGGGUUCUCUAGCAAAACUUCAAGAGCUUUAUUUGGAUUUUAAAGACUGCCAUGUAAGGCUAAAAUGA